UACACUCUGACUCAGUGUCUCUGUCUAAUCUCUCAGGCUGAGGAAACGUCUCCUCCGCAGUCAGAAAGACAUGAUGGGCGUCUGUGUCUCUGUCCGAGUGAGUGAGUGAGUGAGUGAGUGAGUGGGUGUGUGUGUGUGUGUGUGUGUGUGUGUGUGUGUGUGUGUGUGUGUGUGUGGUUGAAACAUUUAAAAAGCACCCACUGGCUCGACACCACAGAACCUUCACCAGCACAUCAGGACUGAGGAGCUGCUCACAGGAGGGUAAUAAUGGAAAUGCAGUUCUCUGUGCUGUUGCUGUGUGUGUUGAGGAUCACUGAAGGAUUUCCUGUUUCCUCCCAGUUGAGUUUGGCUCCGUCCCAGUCCUACACCCUCCUGGUCCCUGUUAGUGUUCUGGGCUUGAAUGGACCACAGGUGGUUCUGGUACCAGUAAACACUGACUGGACAGCACAGAGGAACCAGAACCCAGCAGCUCGGUCUGAACAGACACACACACUCACAGAAGCUGAGCAGCAACACAUGAACAAUCGGGACUUGGUGGAGAAUCAGAAUGUAAACCGUCCAUUCCUGCAGCUACCAACAGUCUCGCCUGAUACGCCCACACCUGAGAAUCCCCUCCCACAGGGGCAGGUGCUGCCCGUGUGGAACUCCAUUCCUGGUGUGGUCCCUCUGCAGCCUGGAGCGAAUGGACAAGUGUUGUUCCCUGUAUGGACGCCCCCUGCUGGAGGAGCAGCUGGAGGAGCAGCUGGAGGACAAAGACAGGUGGUGUCGGUUGCUCAGACAGCAGCACUGUCCAAUUCAGAAAGUUCCGAGGAGGGAGAUGCACAGGUGAUCUAUAUUUUGCCGGUUAGUGCUGAGAUCUCAAACAUGGGAAUAAUGGAGGGUGUUCAGGGAGCUGUGGAUCCCAAACUCACCCCUGACCCCAAUCCCAACGCUAACCUUCACUUUAAACCCAACCCUAACCCGAAUCCUGAGUCUAACCCGGGUCAUCUACAGUUCCACAACACCCCCGCUCCCAGCACCGCUCCCAGCCCUGUCCUUCCUGCAGGCGUCCAGGACAUAACUGACCCUCUAGGAAAAGUGCCCCCUAGUGUCAGUGCAGGUCAGAGCACACAGACAGGAGGCACUACGACUUCCUGUAAACACAAAGCUGAAGCAGCUCAUGCCAAAGCUAACAAACCAGUGCUGUAACACACAAACACACACACAUACACAAUUAACAGUAUUUGUAUCAUUUCUAUUUGUAAUGUUUAUUAGUUUAUAAAUUAUAAUUGAAACAAUAAGAUUUUAAUAAAGUCACUCUGUAAAAUAUCA